UGCAUAAUGCAUACUGUUGCACAAUUGUGCUCGUAGGACGAAACUUACAACAAAGGAAGUUAUUCAAGUGUUUGUAGUUGUUGCUGUCGAUUAUACAGUCUGACUUUUGUUGUGGGUUGUUGUUGGCAGGAACAGCGAUUUACAGCAGUGCUUUUCAUUAUAAGUUUAGGAAACUUAUCAGUGCUGCACGAAAGGUCACCUCGGGACAUCUCGCAUAUGAGAAAAUCUCAAGAUGCAUGAAGGAUUUUGGGCAUGGCUUAUGGUGCUUGCUUUGCACUCUGGGAUAGUGGAGUGUGGCGACUCUGUCCGGGCAAGCUGCAAUGAUGAUGUUACACUGCCCUGUGCAGUAAGGGAACAACAAAACAAGUAUCGGUACAUUGUCUGGUAUAGGCAGAACAUUGCCAUCAUUAAAAGGAAGAACAAUGAGGUGACAUUUUAUAACAAGUCCUCUCCUGCAUCUCUGGGAGUACGCGAGGCCCUGGUGUUGCAGCAAGUGCAGCCCAAUGACUCUGGACAAUACCAGUGUUUCUUGGCUGCAGAUAUUGGUGAGAAAGACGCAGAAUCGUAUGUCUCACUCAAUGUGUCAGAGUGUGCGACUGUGCAUCCAACCUGGCCCACCACACCAAACCAGUGCCUUUUUGAAGUGGUGGAAAUUCCUGCUCUCUGGGCCGUGCUGCCGUUUAUUCUUCUCUGUCUGGUUAAAGUCGGCAUUUGCUUCAUAACUAUUCUUGUAUGCCAGAAGAUAAGAGGAAGUGGAGAUGGUGGUAGAAAGCAAAAACACACAAACCGUACAUAUUCACAGCAGAGCGACUGCAGUUCACGCAACAGGAAGAUCUGAGUUUGCUAAUGUGCACCUGCCUGUUCUGUUCUCUCUGUAUUUUACAUCAUUGUAUAUGCAAUUAUUUGCUCUUCAUAACAUCUGCAUACACACAGAAAUUGUAUUUGUCAAAUGCUCCUAAUUUUUAACUCUGUGUGACAACUCUGCAAAAUAUAUCAGUCAUUUCUUAAACUUUUUCAUUUUUCAAUCAUAUAAUCAUAAACAUGUCAGUCAAAUAUAGCAUUGUAUUACAGUGCUUAGUGUCCAGCGCUACAACAGUGCAAAUUUCUACUAGCGCCACAAGAGCUUCUCCCCUGUUACAUUAGCAUUAAGCUAAUGAUUUAAUGCUACACAGUUCCAACUUAUGCAAGGAAACAGGAAGCUUGUAAUAGAUUUUCAGGUAGCAGAUUAUUACUUUAUAUAUGUUCCAGUUGUACAGGAAAUCUUUAACAGUAAACAAAACUUGAGCAAAAUUCUUCUGCCAUAUUGGCAGGGUUUGUUCUUUAAAUGCUUCAAAUAGAGCUUGAAGAGAUUGUUGUUUCUGUGGUUCUUCAGGCUUGUCCUGCUUAAAAGUGAAUCAGAUGAGAAGAAGAUGUUAA